AUGGCGGGAUACCUUCGGCCAACCCACCGGCGCUCUUCUCGGCUUUAUGAAUGCCGUUUAUCCCGUCGCCAAGGUCAUCGGAUUGUUCCCCGCCACCUGGAUCGGAGAUCGAUACGGCAGGAAGAAGGUGUUGUAUACUGGGUUUGCCCUGCUUCCGAUCGGGGCUGCCGUGCAAGCCGCGGCGCAAAAUACCCCGAUGUUCAUCGUCGCCGGAUUCCUGAUCGGCUUCGCGACGUCGUUUCUCUCCCAGCCUUCGCCCAUCCUGGUGACCGAGCUGGCAUAUCCGACGCACAGGGCGACGGCGACUGCUCUAUACAACACAUGUUUUUACCUCGGGGCCGUCCUCGCCGCGUGGUCAACAUUCGGAACUUUCCGGCUGCAGUCGACGUGGUCCUGGAGAAUCCCAUCCUUACUCCAACAAGCCAUACCGGCCUUUCAAACUGCUUUUGUCUUCUGGGUCCCAAAGUCUCCUCGGUCCGUUGUCCCUACACAUGCCGCGGCUCCAUUACUAACAAGACCAGGUGGCUCAUGGCCAAUAAGAAGGAAGAAGAAUCCCGGCGUAUCUUGACCAAAUACCACGCGGGUGGCGAUGAAAAUUCGCCCUUGGUCGAGUUCGAGCUGAAUGAAAUCGCCCAGGCGUUGGAAUUGGAAAAGGCCAGCGAGCACGCGCCCAGCUACUUCGAGUUGGUCCGAACUGGUCCCAACCGCCAUCGCACGGCGCUGGCUUUUCUCAUCGCGUUUUUCACCCAGUGGAAUGGCUGCAGCGUCUUGUCCUAUUACUUGGCCCUCGUUCUCAACACCAUUGGAAUCACGGCGCCUGCCCAUCAGACACUCAUCAAUGGUAUGCUGCAAAUCUUCAACUGGAUCGUGGCGGUCUGCGGCGGCGCCCUCCUGGUCGACCGCGUUGGUCGCCGUUCGCUGUUCCUGGUUGGCACGUCCGGCAUGCUUCUUUCCUACAUUGCUUGGACGGUGUUGAACUCCGAGUUUGCGAAGACCCACGAUCAACGGCUGGGAAGCGCGGUCUUGGCUUUCAUCUUCAUCUACUAUUUCUUCUACGACAUUUCCUGGACUCCUCUGCCCGUCGCGUACACCGCCGAGAUCUUCCCUUAUACCCUGCGAGGCCGAGGAAUGACGAUCAACUUUGUCGGAACAUAUUUCGGCCUCAUCAGCGGACAGUUCCUCAAUCCAAUCGCCAUGAAAGACUUGAGCUGGCGAUACUACAUCGUUUUCUGCGCCAUCCUGUUCGUCAUGGUGCUCGCAAUCUACCUCUGGGUUCCGGAAACGAAGGGUCGCACUCUGGAAGAGAUUGCAGAGGUCUUCGAUGGCCCUCGCAGUCAUUUGACUGCCGGCGCCGUUGAUGAGAACAGUGCAAAAGGCUCCGGAAAGGUACCUGAAGUGGAAUUUCGGGAGGAUGUAGCAACUCGAGGUUAA